AUGUUGAUGCUGCUGGUCUUGGCCCUCCUUGCUGGUCCUACCUGCAGAGCCCAGAACAUACUGGACAAUAAACUCGGCAUCUAUUUUUAUGUUCGUGGUGAAGAUCAGGGAGAACUCAAGGGCAUCCGGGUCUUCUCGAGUUUUUAUGGAUUUGUCGGCAUCCAGCUGCUGUUUGGUGAACAGUGGAGUCCCGUCUACGGAGCUCAGUCUUCACAUGAGCAGAAGUUCCUGCUGAGGAAGGGUGAGCGUGUGAUUGCUGCAGACACUAAUGAUGGCGUCUGUGUGCAUUACCUGCAUUUGGUGACCAGCAAUGGGUGCGAAGCCACUUUGGGUACUGAGAGAGACUAUUUGCCCCUCAGAGUUGUUCGUGGCUCAGGCAAGCCCGCCCUGACGAUCGAGGGCAAGUACUUGUCUGGUACUUGCAUCACUGCGCUGAACUUCAAGUGGGGACACAGCCCUGAAGGUUCAGUCUCGGGGAAGCCAGAAGACCGGACGGUCAGUUUGUGCGGUGCCAAAGAGGACGGUGGGGGCAGUGAUGAAGAUGAAAGCAAUGACAGAGAAAACGCUCAUAACAGCAACGAUAAGCAUAGCGAUGACAAUGGUGACUCUACGGCCAAUAGCGAAGACAGCAAGGGAGCCUGCAAAGAUGGCAAAGAAGAAGAAGAAGAAGAAGAAGAAGAAGAAGAAGAAGAAGAAGAAGAAGAAGAAGAAGAAGAAGAAGAAUUCUUAUCCCCCAAGGCUCCCACAGGACAGCUCCAUUCAACCCAAGCACCCAAUGGCUUUUACGGGCCAAAAGUUCCAAACACUUCUACAAUCCUCAACAGCAGCAUGGUUAAGGCCACUGUACGUAUGCCCCCACGCUCUGUUCUGAGUUUUGUUCUAGUUUGGUUUCUGCCUCAAGCUCCUUAG